CGCAGCAGUUAGCAGGUCGACUCCGCGCCAAGCAACAGUUGGUCGUCAGCGCAACGUGCUCGUCGGACCUGGUGCAUAUUCGAAACCGUCUCACCGCUGGGGGUUGAUACUCCGGGACUGAUUUUCCUUCGUCGUUUUUUUUUUCUUAUUUCUGUGUGUCGCGAUGUUGGUGCAACCUGAGUGCGUGUGUCCGGCCGUCAGGCCCCGGACGUCCCAAUUGCCGCCGGGCAUCCUCGACUCCCCCACGUUGGCGAGGGUGGAGAGGGCCAUGCUGCGGCACGAGGAGGGUGGCGGACAGGGUCAGGACGCGAGGAGAGCUGGAUUCACUCAGUCACUCCUUUCUCCGAAUUUCGGAAAGGAUUCAACGCACGCUAUCAAAAGGGGUCUCUUGUGGCAGCAGCGGGAUAAGCUCUUCAGCAGAUGGAAGGAGAGAUAUUUCAUCCUGACCAGAGACUACCUACAUUGUUUCCGGAGGGCUUCCGGGUCCGAUCGAAUAUCCGAAAUGGGACAGUUCCUGUUCAAAGUUAAAUUGGUGGACGUCGACAGGGUGGAAUGGGAGAACAAGAAAACUUACAGCACGGUGGCUCUGGUGUUGGGCAGGGAUGGAAAGAUUUACUUGAGGGCGGCCGAUGGCUUGGAAGAUUGGUUUGAGCUGCUGGAGGAGUGCAUGCUGACCAGCAAGGAGCGUCGGAGGGCCCUUCGGUUCUCGCACGACGGCAAACCCAGGGACAACAACAACAUCACCAACACGUUGGACGAGUGGUUGGCUGCUCGACAAAAAAUACCAAUGGGCCAGCGACUGAACGUGACAGACAGCGUGAGCACCGCCUCCAGCAGACAGGAGACGUCGGAGCCGGUGAUGAGGCGUCGCGAAUGGACGCCUCGGGACGAGGACUGGGAGAAUCCGACGCUCGACAAUAGACUAUCACUUUUGACCGACAUCGAUAUUAACUCUUACGACGACAGCACCCUGGGCGCCCCUUCAGUCACCUCGUACAGAAUGAACGAAGACGUUCUGUGCAUCCAACCGCCAUCACUCAGAGCUUCAGGAUCGUUCAGAUCCGCCAGGGACCAAGUCCCAUUACCUGUCAGGAGGCCCGCCACCAAUGUUCCGGAUACUCAGUGUCAGUUCAUUAAAUUCAGAGAACGUUCAUACAGCGACAUUCAGCGGGUGGAUAGGAGACCGUGGCGCGCUCUAGCAAUGUGCCAGCGUCAGUGCCAGUAAUCGACUACGGGAUGACGCUCUAGUCACUACCAAAGCAGAAUAAAUUGGUACCUUCGCUCCAUAUAUUAUCGAAUAUUUGAUAUAAAUGUUUUUAUAAUCCCAAUUUAGGCGUAAUCAGUAGACGACAUCAAUUUAGCUAAGUGUUUUUAACCCAUCCGCUUUUUGCGAUCGUGCGAUUUU